UUUUUCUUUUCUUUUCGAUUUUUUUAGCAUCAAGCGCAUCGCAAUUUUUAUUUUUCUCCAACCUUUAUUACAUUUGCCUGCCAAAUCCUAUGAAAUCAAAUACUAAUUCGAGAUUUCCUUUCUUGCUCCUUUUUCGUGUUUAAUUUGUGGUGUUUUAUCCUUAUAUUUCUUCACCUAGGGUUUCGCGGAGUUAAAUAGCUUGUCGAUCAAAGCAUUACUUAAUUAAUAAAAUGGAUUGGAGCAACGUCACUGCAGAGGAUCUAAUGGAGGCACUUCGCGAAGUGGAUUGGUCAUCCCCGCCUCGGCCUCUCUCUGAAUUUUUCUCCCGAUUCGCUGUCCCCAAUUCCUACUCCAAAUGGAACAGUCGCCUCAAGUGUAAUCUCUACUACUAUCGAACCAAUUACUUCAUAAUGUUUGCGUUUAUUCUUGGGUUGGGAUUUUUCAGGAGGCCACUAGCUGUUGUAGCUGCCCUAUUAACAGCUCUCAGCAUUGCUUUUCUGAAUGAUAGCUUUGCAGGUACUUUCAGUGAAAAGGUGACAAGAACAGUCAGGCAGUUUUCUCCACAUUUAGCUGCAAAAAUGAGACCUCCCCAUACGCCCGUUAUUCGGGGGCGUCCAUCUGCCAAAAGAGCAAUACAUAUAUGUGGACAGCCUCGAUGGGUAUUUUUCUCGAUAUUGGCAACAGUGAGUUUCAUCCUUUGGUUUCUCUCUUGUGGCCUUAUUACUUUCUUAUUGGCAUUUGUUGUUGGCCUUCUUGUCACCCUUCUUCAUGCAAGCUUGAGAACACCUAACCUGAAAGCUCGUUUGAACACAUUCCGUGAGGAGUUCCGUGCUGUUUGGCGAAAUCAUAGUGAGCUGUAGCUGAUGGGAAAUAAAAUACAUGGACCUCAUAUCAGCCAUCAAGAUAAUGCAUCAUACUCUUCUGAGAGUGCUUUCUAUUGAUGGCGUUGCAUGAUAACUUUCUUCAUCCCAGCUGCCAAGUUUUAAGAAAGAGGCUGCUUGUGUAUGCUACUAUGGGGUUGUAAAUUUCUGGAAUUCUUGUUACAGGUAAAUAGACUGUAUCGUUUGUUAAUGCUUUUAAGAAAUCCUAUGAGAUUCAUGUGCACUCCAUUGCUGAAAGAUUUCCUAGAAUGAUGAAUUGAAAUCUGUCCUUAGUGCGCUUUACGAGAUCAUGUUAAUUUUCACAAGGAUGGUGAUUUAUAAUUCUAGCAAAAAUGUGAGUGCUAUACAUAUCCAUGUGGUGUGUUUUCCUCCUUUA